GCAGCAUUGGAAGCUCUCUCCGUUCUGAUUAGACACAGCCCUGUUCCUAUCAGUGACCUCCUCCACCGCGCUUUUCCUGCCGUUGUUCAUCACGCUUUAGUGAGUUCCGACUCGGCUAUCCUCUCGAAUAGUUGUGAGGUCCUCCGUUGCUAUCUCUUUUCUGCCGUCGAUCAAGUGCUUGCCUGGCAUGAUGAUGAGGGCAACAAUGGUAUUGGCUACAUGCUUCACGUCACUGCGCGCCUUCUGGAUCCCACUGGUCCGAUGGAGUGGUCUAGUCCUGGCGGCCGUCUGGUCACCGCUCUGCUUGCUCGUGUACCUCUAGAAUCAGUCGGCCUUGGUGAAACGACCGACCUCUUACUGCGUGCCACUCUUGCGCGUUUAUCCACUCUGCCUUCGAUGGAAGCCAUGAAGGCCUCUGCAGGCCUUUCCUCGACACUCGAGGUAUCUCCCGUCGGUGUGGCAGGAGCAAGGCAAUCACUACUAGUCGUUUUCCUCUUACUAUUGCAUUCUCGUACCGAAGCAACACUCGAUUUCCUCACUCAGGUGCCAGAUGCUCAAGGCCAGCCUGCUCUCGGUUUUCUGCUCACUCUUUGGUGCCGACUACAGCAUCUCUUUUCUUCUCCUGCUCAUAUAAAAUUGAGGUGA